UGGCCACGGCGACCAUCUCCGGCGGUGCGUCCCCCACGCUUGGUACAGCCCAGCCUGUCUCCCCCUAAGCCGCGCGCCCGCGCCUCUCAGUCGGUGGAACCCCCAGCUCGCUCGGCCUGCACCAGCCAUGGUCCGUCCGCGCCGUGCCCCACACCGCUCCGGCGCUGGGGGCCCCCUCGGGGGUCGCGGCCGCCCCCUGCGGCACCUCACGGUGCGCGCCGCCCGCUCGCGCUCCUGGCCGGCCAGCCCCCGGGGCCCGCAGCCGCCGCGGAUCCGGGCUCGCUCGGCCCCUCCCAUGCAAGGUGCUCGGGUCUUCGGGGCCCUGGGUCCCAUCGGGCCCUCCUCGCCCGGGCUCGCCCUCGGGGGCCUGGCUGUGGGUGAGCACCGGCUCAGCAACAAGCUGCUGGCCUGGAGCGGCGUCCUCGAGUGGCAGGAGAAGCGCAGGCCCUACUCGGACUCCACGGCGAAGCUGAAGCGGGCCCUCCCCUGCCAGGCCUACGUGAACCAGGGCGAGAACCUGGAGACCGACCAGUGGCCGCAGAAGCUGAUCAUGCAGCUCAUCCCGCAGCAGCUGCUGACCACCCUGGGCCCCCUGUUCCGCAACUCCCAGCUGGCGCAGUUCCACUUCACCAACAGAGACUGCGACUCUCUCAAGGGCCUCUGCCGUGUCAUGGGCAACGGCUUUGCGGGCUGCAUGCUCUUCCCCCACAUCUCCCCCUGCGAGGUGCGCGUGCUCAUGCUCCUGUACUCGUCCAAGAAGAAGAUCUUCAUGGGCCUCAUCCCCUACGACCAGAGCGGCUUCGUCAAUGCCAUCCGGCAGGUCAUCACCACCCGCAAACAGGUGUGCCCUUGGGCCCGGCCGCCACACGUGUCUGAGGCUUUGAAGGGUGAGGGGGUCGAGGGGUCUGACAGGGUGGUUCCCGGCAGGAGGGGUGCCCAUGGGGAGCAGGGAGGCGGAUGGGCAGGCGGGCACACUCGUGGCAGGAGGGUGACCUCAAAUCCUGGCUCGCGCCUUACCAGCUGUUCAGUGACCCCUUCACCCAAAAGUGUCCCCGUUUGUGCGGCAAGUUACACAGCCGCCCAGUUCUUAGAGGCAGACCCUGUGAGCCAUGUCCCCCAGGCUGAUGGUGGGGGCUUGGCCCAGGGCACGGGGGGUGCUGUGAGGGGCAGGGCCCGCUCUGGGGAAUCCUCUGGGCCUGUGGGCAGACUGGAGGCCGGGCUGGGCCAGGCCGGGCCCUGGGGGCAGCAGGUAGAUAAGCUUGGGACUGACGGACUGGGGGCGUGGAGGGGUCUGGGCAGCGUUCUCUGGGGAACUCUUGGGGCACCAGCCCACCUGUCUCCUCCCCAGGCAGUGGGACCUGGUGGCGUCGCGGGCCCUGUCCAGAUGGUCAACAACAAGUUCCUGGCAUGGAGUGGAGUCAUGGAGUGGCAGGAGGUGAGCCCUGGGCGGGCCUGGGUGACCUCAGGACCAGGGCAUCCUCCCACUCCUGACGGCUCCCCUCUUCUUAUCCCCCAAAAGCCCAGGCCUGAGCCUAACAGUCGGUCUAAGAGGUGGCUGCCGUCGCACAUCUACGUGAACCAAGGGGAGAUCCUGAGGACCGAGCAGUGGCCGCGGAAGCUGUACAUGCAGCUCAUCCCGCAGCAGCUACUGACCACCCUGGUGCCGCUCUUCCGGAACUCCCGCCUGGUGCAGUUCCACUUCACCAAGGACCUGGAGACGCUGAAGAGCCUGUGCCGGAUCAUGGACAACGGCUUUGCCGGCUGCGUGCACUUUUCCUACAAGGCCUCGUGCGAGAUCCGCGUGCUCAUGCUCCUGUACUCCUCUGAGAAGAAGAUCUUCAUCGGCCUCAUCCCCCACGACCAGAGCAACUUCGUCAACGGCAUCCGGCGCGUCAUCGCCAAUCAGCAGCAGGUCCUGCAGCGGAACCUGGAGCAGGAGCAGCAGCAGCGUGGGAUGGGGGGGUAGGGGCCACCCCGCCGGGCUGGGCCUCUCCAGGAGCCACAGACGAGGCCCCGCCGAGACUGGUCAGAUGCUUCUGAGCAGAGGCCUGUGGGGACUGCAACUGCCCAGUGAGAUGGAGGACAGCGUCCUGAGAUAUCUCCAAGGACAGUCCCCACCCUUGUACGUUUCCCCAAUAAAACCUUUUAAAAGCC